GUUUUAAUGCUUGACUUCAUUCAGUCAGAAAUCAAGCUCCGAGUAUUGUGUUAAUUUUAAAUAAUGUACAAAAUCAGUUUGCUGGUUAUUUUUUGGUUUGGUACAAGCCAUUGUGAACAACUAGACACCAAAUAUCACAUAUCUACCGAUUCGCAAAAUUGGUUUCAAGCUUUGAUUAACUGCAAAAGCGCCGGCCUAGAACUUGCAAGUAUUCCUUCGGAAAAAGAGGAAGCGAAUUUGGAAAAAUUCAUCAAACAGAAUGGAUAUAAUCUUUCAGAUGGUUACUGGAUAUCGGGUACCAACUUAGGAAACGGCGACUUUUACUGGGCCUCGACAGGGAACCCGAUCAUCUACACGAAAUGGUACCCAGGCCAGCCGGACAACUCAAAAACAGAAGAAACCCUUUUCCGAGACGAAAAUUGUAUACAAUUCGGAAUGCGCAAAUCGACCGACGAGAACCUGGAACCCGGCUGGAACGAUUUGUUUUGCAAAUUUAAACUAAGAUAUAUUUGUCAGGAGAUUGAUAAUUGUUUAUAAAUAAAUAUAUUUGUUUUACUUAUU